AUGGCAAGAAGAAAUGUCCUCAUUACAGGUUGCUCCUCAGGAAUUGGGCUGGCAAUAGCUGUAAAAAUGGCAAAAGAUGAACAGAAAAGAUUUAAAGUGUUCGCCACAAUGCGGAACCUGGCCAAGAAGGAGCCACUGGAGGCAGCUGCAGGUCACAGGCUGGGCAAAACCCUCGAGAUUAAACAACUGGAUGUCUGUGAUGAGCAGUCUAUUAAAACCUGUGUGAACAGCAUCCCUGACAGAAGGAUCGAUGUCCUGGUGAGCAAUGCUGGAAUGGGGCUCAUUGGGCCUAUUGAAUGUCAGAGCAUUGAGGAAAUGAAAACUGUGAUGGACACCAACUUCUUUGGCCUGGUUCGGCUCCUGAAGGAGAUCCUGCCUGACAUGAAGAGGAGAAAGAGUGGGCAUAUAGUAAUCAUAAGCAGUGUUAUGGGAAUACAAGGUAUCUUAUUUAAUGAUGUUUAUGCUGCAUCUAAGUUUGCUGUGGAAGGAUUCUGUGAAAGUUUAGCUAUACAAGCACUCAAGUUCAAACUGCAGUUAAGUUUGAUUGAACCAGGCCCAGUGGUUACAGAAUUUGAAAGAAAAGUUUUUGAAGAUGGAAUGAAAAUGGAUCUUUCAGCUGCAGAUGAAGAAACAGCUGAGAUGUUUACUAAUAUUUACCUUAAAAAUUACAAGCAAAUUUUCCAGAGCCUGGGACAAAGUGCUGAAGAUGUUGCAGAGCACACAGUAAAGAUAAUUCUUGCAGAAAAUCCACCUUUUCGCCAUCAGACCAACACCUUGUAUACUCCAAUGACAACUUUGAAGUAUGCAGAUCCAAAUGGAGAUCUACCCAUUGACAUAUUCUACAAAAUGGUUUUUCAGCAUGACAAAAUCUUCAGUGCAAGUCUCAACUUCAUCAAAUUGCUAAGGUGGAGAAGCAGAAAGAGCUUUGACCUGGGAAAACCUUCACAAUAAGAAUGAGAUUAUAUAGUGCAAAUUGGAAUUACUUGUUGUAGCUACUGAUGACACAGUGUUAUUCAAAUGCCUUUGCUCUGUAAUUAUGAAAAGGCAUGCAAGAUAUUUGUUUGAGCUUAGCUAAGAUAUUAAUUUCAAUGUGUAUCUCUUGAAUGUUACUGUUUGCAGAACCUUGCAAUUAAAAUCCUCUAACUAUA